GGGCAACACCCCGGCGUCCCUGGAAGCGGGGAGCCGGGGUGCUGCUGGGGAAGCUGCGCAGAGGCCGGAGCCAUCGGCCAGAGCCUCCUGGAGUUGGGGACGGGUUGCAGGUCUCUGGGAUCCAGGUGUUUGAGCCCCGACCAAACAUGGCCGGACGACCCAUUCGCAUAGGAGACCAGCUGGUUCUGGAGGAAGAUUAUGAUGAGACCUACAUUCCCAGUGAGCAAGAAAUUCUUGAAUUUGCCAGAGAGAUUGGUAUCGAUCCCAUCAAGGAACCAGAACUGAUGUGGUUGGCACGGGAGGGCAUUGUGGCCCCACUGCCCAUGGAGUGGAAACCAUGCCAGGACAUCACAGGUGAUAUUUACUAUUUCAACUUUGCCAAUGGGCAGUCCAUGUGGGACCAUCCAUGUGACGAGCAUUAUCGUAACCUGGUCAUCCAAGAGCGAGGGAAGCUAUCCACUGGGGCUGUUAAGAAGAAAGAUAAGAGAAAGAAAAAGGAAAAGAAAGACAAGAAGGGCAAAGAGACCUCCAAAAGUCCCCUGGCCCUGGGUUCCUCAUUAGCCCCAGUCCACGUUCCUCUUGGAGGGCUGGCUCCAUUACGAGGGCUUGCGGAGGCCUCAGCCUCUGCUCUUCGUGGAUCUCAAAGUGUGAGCCUGGGAAGCUCAGUGGAGUCCGGUCAGCUCGGAGAACUCACGCUGGGUCUGAAGACUUCUGCUUUUACAAAGGGUCUCUUGGAGUCCAUUCAUGAGGAUAAGAAUGCUCUCAACCUCUUGGCUUUAGGGGAGGAGACCAAUGAGGAAGAGGAGGAGGAGAGUGACAACCAGAGUCUCCGCAGCUCAAGUGAGCUUCUUAAGAACCUGCACCUGGACAUCGGGGCAUUGGGGGGUGACUUUGAGUAUGAGGAGUCACCGAGAACAAGCCAGCCAGAGGAGAAGGAUGCUUCUCUUGAUUCUGAUGUUGCUGGUCCCCCUACUCCCGACAAGCUCUUCAGCCAAGGUGCAGACAGCAGCCUGAGCAGUGCUGAUGGCCAAGGGCAACAGGGAAGCAGGGCGGGCGCUUGGCUCCCAGGAAAAGAACAGAAUCAGAAGAGUGAUCCUGGGGCCUCCAAGAGUCCGGUGACCCCCAGGGUGGACGCAGAGGGUGAUCAGCCUGCCAAAGCCUCUGAAAAGGAGACACCAACGGACCCAGUGGAUGCUGGAAAGGAGGGCUUCAGGAAGGAAGAGGCAGCGGAGGAGCCAAAAAGGGAGAUGUCUGCCCCAAAAGAGAGCGGAUCAGAUGCUAGUGAAGAGUCAGAGAUCAGUGAACAUGUGAAGGAGCUGCGACUCUCAGACUCUGCUGCUUCCGACCCCAAGUCCUUCCUUGACCUGGACUUUGGUUUUCACGGACGGAUUGCAGAGCACCUGCUGGAUGUUAAUGUGCUUUCCCCGGUCCUGGAGGGAGCCCGCUGGGAGGUGCAAGGGUUGGGAAGAGAGGACAAGGUUGACAGCCAGUCCAGCCGAGAUGAGCUGCAGAGCUUGCAGUCCAAAGGCUCCGAGAGGUCAUCUCCUUCACUUCUGCACAGGGAGCAGCUCCAGAGUCCCCUGCCCAGCCAGGCCACUGGAGGAGGGCCUCCACGGGCCCCUGAGGGGCAGCCUGAGCAGAAGGAGGCAGGGGAGCCUGGGGAGCACUCUGCCGCCAGCCCUACCCUGCCGGUUUCCCUCCAGAGGCGGUCCAAAGAGCCUGCGGCUCCCCCAACGGAGCUCUCAGAAGCUGCUCUAAAGACCAUGGAAGAGGCAGUGGCACAAGAACUGGAGCAAGACCAGAAGCAGCUGCUGGAAUUGAGGCAAGAGAAGAUACAGCAACUACGGGAGAAGCUGUGGCAGGAGGAGGAAGAGGAGAUCCUCCAGCUUCACCAGCAGAAAGAGAAGUCUCUCAGUUCCCUGAAGGAGCAGCUGCAGAAAGCCACUGAGGAGGAGGAGGCUCGGUUGAGAGAAGAGGAAAGCCAGAAGCUGUCCCGGCUUCGAGCCCAGGUCCAGGCCAGGGCAGAAGCAGAUAGAGACCAGAUGAGGGCCGAACAAGAGGCUUCCCUGCAGAGGCUGAGAGAAGAGUUGGAGUCUCUACAGAAGGCCAAGAGGGCCAGCUUAGAACAGAAGAACAGGCAAAUGCUAGAGCAACUCAAGGAGGAGAUGGAGGCUUUGGAGAAGAGAGAGCAGGCUGCCCUGAGAGCUGAGAAGGAGGAGGCUCUGCAGCAGCGGAGGGAACAACUGGAAGCGGAGAGGAAAGAAGCUGUGGCCGUGCUGGAGAGGGAGCACAGUGCUGAGCUGGAGCAGCUCCGUUCCUCGUUGGAGGCCAAGCACAGAGAGGUGGUUUGCGGCCUCCAGAAGAAGAUAGAGGAAGCUCAAUGGAAAGAGGUGGUCCAGCUGCAGGACAGCCUUGGGCAGGUGGAGCAGAGAGCUCAUCAGAAAGUUCAUCAAGUGACUGAGUACGAGCAAGAGCUUAGUGGCCUCCUGAGAGAGAAGCGUCAGGAGGUGGAAAGGGAGCACGAGAGGAGGAUGGACAAGAUGAAGGAGGAGCAUCAGCAAGUGUUGGCAGAGACCAGGGAGCAGUAUGAAGCUGAGGAGCGGAAGCAGCGGGCUGAACUCCUGAGGCACCUGACUGGAGAGCUGGAGCGCCUGCGAAGGGCCCAUGAGCGCGAGCUGGAGACGACCAGGCAGGAGCAGGACAGGCAGCUUGAGGACUUGCGGCGCCGGCACCGGGAGCAGGAAAGGAAACUUCAAGAUUUAGAGGUGGAACUUGAAACCAGAACUAAAGAUAUCAAGGCCAGAUUGGCUCAGCUGGACGUCCAGGAGGAGACUGCCCGCAAGGGGAAGCAGCAGCUCCUGGAUGUGCAGAGGCAGGUUGCUCUGAAAAGCGAGGAAGCCACAGCCACCCAACAGCACCUGGAGGAGGCAAAGAAGGAGCACACCUACCUGUUGGAGUCAAACCGGCAGCUCCAAAGAGUCCUCGAUGAGCUUCGAGCCCGCAAGUUGGAGUUGGAGUCCCAAGUGGAACUGCUGCAGACCCAGAGUCAGAGACUGCGGAAACGCCUCAGCGGCCUGGAGGCUGAAGCUCAGAAGAAGCAGGACAGGUUGAACGAGUCGGCAGUAGAGAGUAAUGCUUCCCCAUGCUUCGAGCCGGACCUACACGUUGAGGACCUGAGGAAAUCCCUUGGGACAAACCAGACCAAAGAGGUAUCCUCUUCUCUCUCCCAGAGCAAGGAGGAGACCGACUUAUCCUUGGACAGUGUCCGGCACUACCUGUCUGCUGAGGGGAUAGCCCUCCGUAGCGCCAAGGAGUUCCUGGUGCGGCAGACACGCUCCAUGCGGAGGCGGCAGACGGCUCUGAAGGCCGCCCAGCAGCACUGGUGCCAUGAGCUAGCCAGUGCUCCAGAGGCAGCCAAAGACCCGUCAGGCACCAGGGUUCUGGAAGAUGUGCGCAAGAACCUGGAGGAGGAGACCAAGCACCUGGAUGAGAUGAAGUCUGCCAUGCGGAAAAGUCAGGACCUGCUGAAGAAGAAAGAGGAGAAGCUGAAUCAGCUGGAGUCUUCUCUUCAGGAAGAGGCCUCAGAUGAAGACACUCUGAGAGGAGCCUCCACCAAGAAGGUGGUGACCUUUGACCUCAGCGACAUGGAAGACAUGAGCAGCGAAAGUUCUGAAUCUUCCCCCCUGCCUCAGAGUGAGUGGUGGUAGCAGCAGGGAUGUGAGGCAGGGGUGAGGACUACCAUACCCACAGAGGUAUAGGGAUG